AUGGGAAAACACCCAGAAACAGAUUUAUGUAUGGGAAAACACCCAGAAACAGAUUUAUGUAUGGGAAAACACCCAGACACAGAUUUGUGUAUGGGAAAACCCCCAGAAACAGAUUUGUGUAUGGGGAAACACCCAGACACAGAUUUGUGUAUGGGGAAACACCCAGACACAGAUUUGUGUAUGGGGAAACACCCAGCAACAGAUUUAUGUAUGGGAAAACACCCUGACACCGAUUUGUGUAUGGGGAAACACCCAGCAACAGAUUUAUGUAUGGGAAAACACCCAGACACUGAUUUGUGUAUGGGGAAACACCCAGAAACAGAUUUGUGUAUGGGAAAACACCCAGAAACAGAUUUGUGUAUGGGGAAACACCCAGACACCGAUCUGUGUAUGGGGAAACACCAAGACACUGAUUUGUGUAUGGGGAAACACCCAGAAACAGAUUUGUGUAUGGGGAAACACCCAGAAACAGAUUUGUGUAUGGGAAAACACCCAGAAACAGAUUUGUGUAGGGUGAAACACCCAGAAACAGAUUUGUAUGGGGGAAAACCCAGAAACAGAUUUGUGUAUGAGGAAACACCCAGACACCGAUUUGUGUAUGGGGAAGCACCGAGACACCGAUUUGUGUAUGGGGAAACACCCAGACACAGAUUUGUGUAUGGGGAAACACCCAGAAACAGAUUUGUGUGGGGGAAACACCCAGAAACAGAUUUGUGUAUGGGGAAACACCCAGGAACAGAUUUGUGUAUGGGGAAACACCCAGACAUCGAUUUGUGUAUGGGGAAACACCCAGAAACAGAUUUAUGUAUGGGAAACACCCAGAAACAGAUUUGUGUAUGGGGAAACACCCAGACACCGAUUUGUGUAGGGGGAAACACCCGGAAACAUAUUUGUGUAGGGGGAAACACCCAGAAACAUAUUUGUGUAUGGGGAAACACCCAGAAACAGAUUUGUGUAUGGGGAAACAGCCAGAAACAGAUUUGUGUUGAGAAACACCCAGACACCGAUUUGUGUAUGGGGAAACACCCAGAAACAGAUUUGUUAAAUAAGCCCCCUCCUCUCAGCAUGGUAAAAUACCCAGGGAAAAAGAAGAGUGCUUGA